UUCCUUAUCUUCUUUACUUUAAGCAUCAGAAUAUGUCUCCUUUGUUCAUAGCCAUUCUACUAUUUAAGGUCCUCUGCUACAAUGUUAGUCCGCAACUUCAUUCCACUUUUAAGUAAAUCUUUACCCAAACAGCAGCAAGUGGAGAAAAAUGUCAAAGGCGAGCUUUCUUGAUUUCCAAUACAACCUCUCAAAGAGAAGUUUCCUGCGUAAGCCAACUAGGAUGUUUACUAGAGAGAGGCAGAACUCACGUUCGUUGUCUGUUUACCAACCUAGUAUUGAUGAGCUAAAGAAAGUUUUUGAUAGAUUUGAUUCAAACAAAGACGGCAAGAUUUCACCAGACGAGUACAAGGCUAUACUCAAAGCCAUGGGGAAGAAGAGCCUCCUUACAAGGGAAGUUCAAAAGAUUUUCGACGUUGCAGAUGCUGAUGGUGAUGGAUUUAUUGAUUUCAAUGAGUUUGUGGAAGUGCAGAAGAAGGAAGGCGGAGUUAAUACUAGGGAUUUGCAGAGUGCUUUCCACACUUUUGACAGGGAUCGCGAUGGAAAGAUCAGUGUGCAGGAAGUGUACGAGUUGCAGAAGGGGCUCGGACAACGAUGCAGCCUUCAAGAUUGCAGGAAGAUGGUGAAGGCAGUGGAUGCAAAUGGAGAUGGUGUGAUUGAUUUGGAUGAAUUCGUGACUAUGAUGAAUCGCACUAUGACACUUUGUUAGAAGCUUUAAUCCCUAAUUGAAAGGCCCCAACUGGGAAUUCCAAGCUCAUUAGUAAUCACUAGUUCGCUAUUUAUAUUUUACUUGUGUAAAUGUAAGGUUUCUGCAUGCCUUACUGCAUGCUGGUGGCAUUAGUUCUGACUAGUUAGAUAUUUUAUAAGAAGUCUAUAGUUUCAAUAUGA